GUACGAGCGAGCGUACGUGUUUAUUUUUGUGGAAAUUUGACAAAAAACUUAAAUUAUAUUGCAUUUAAAUAUUGUUUUGUGUGUCGAAAUUCCGAAAUAUACAACCGCAGUGAUGUAAAGUGUGUUGUGGUUAAAAUACGGUGAGCGAGCAAGCAGCAAUGGAGGCAAACACAACGUCGCUACGAAGCGCCGCGCCGCAGUGGAGUCUAGCGGGGGACAAGCAACUGCUGGACAUCCUGCAGAACAUACACCAGAGCUUGGUGACCCGAUGCCAGGAGGUGAACCGGAAGCUGGAUGAAAUGGUUCUGGCGCUGGAUGGCGCUAGCGUCGACCUGCAGAACGUUAAUAAUAAAUUCAUGGCUCUAAGCAACACUCAGUUCAUCGAAAGUCGAGUGUACGACGAUGACGUCGACAUAGCGGCGCAAGAGCCGCCUAAGGAAGUCCCAAAAGCACCAUCGUCAGAGUCAGAAGUAUUACUACUGAAGCGUAGCAUAGCACACGUGGCAGCAGCACACGACACCCUCGAGAUUCUGGCUAGUGACAGCGACGACGACGAAGACGCCAGAAUGGUCCUGAAACCGAGAGACAUGUACGCUCACCGACCGCUGCCCUACGUCAUUGGCUCACAAGCCUGGAGGAACAAAUGGCAUGCAGGCCUGCACCCCGAAGACAGCGAUUCGGACAGCUCGAUGUCGAAGCAAGACCAUGAGAAUGAGGAGUUCUCCGACUCCGAACCAGAGAUGACCAUAAGCCAGCCGGCCAGGGCGCAGCACGAGAGAGAGGAAUCAACAGCAAGUUCUGAACUGCCGUCCGAGCAGGACAUAGGCUCGGUCCCGGCCGCGACGAUCAAGCCGUCGCCUUCAGACAUCGCAGCCGAGCUCGCGAGGCGAUUGGGAGGGCAGCAAGCACAGAUACCAGUUCAAGAACCGGAGUACAGUCCACCGAAUCCGACCACACGCAAGGUGUACCGCGUGGAGCAACCUACACCUGGCACAAUAUUCUCCGACGAGCCCCCGCCCCUCGACUGCCAAAUAGAGCAGGACGACGAUACGCCAGAGGAGGACGACGAUAUAUUCGCGGAGUUGCACAAAAACAAGCCUUAUUCCCACAGUAAUAAGGACCAGAGUCGCACGGCAGAGGAGCUUUUUAGCGGGCUGAGGGAGGAAUACGAUGGAGAUGUUUUUAGCGAUUUUAAGGAUACCCAGUCGUCGACUCCUGCCAAGCAAAAGUCGACUCUAUUUGAAGGCGAUUCGGAACCAGAAUUGUUUGCAGAGCGGCAGGUCAAGUCUGCGCCUACGCAAGACACUACGAGGCCCGAAGUUGAAAAUGUCAAGAAACCGAUCGGCGGAAUAUCUCUCUUCGGCAACACGAGAGGCGCCGAGAGCAUCGGAGCCGCCAUCUUGCGACGAAACCGACGAACUUCGUCCUCCGACGACGAAACUAACGACGAACCACCGAAAGAACCAGAAACGACAUCAAAUAAGCAAGAAAAAGAUAUCUUUGAUGAUUUAUUCGCCAAAUCCGAGAAAGAACAGAAGAAAAAUGCAAAGAAGACAGAAGAGAAGAUAAAAAAAGAAGUAGAAAAGCCUAAAGCUAAAGUAGAUUUGUUCAGUGAUAACAUAUUCGAUGAUAUAGAUGAUAUUUUCACUACAAAUGUCAAUACAGUGAAAAAGGAUGCAGAUAAUAAAAAAACACUGUUCGGUGACGAUGAAGACUUAUUCUCGGAUGUUGCUGUUACAAAAAAUUCAAAAGAAGAUAGCAAAAGUGUGGGUGAUAAGAACAAAAGUAUUUUUGAUAGUGAUGAUGACCUAUUUUCCGAGAAUACAGCUAAAAAACCAGAUAGUAAACCUGUUAAAGAUGUUGCAAAGCCUGGCAACACUCGCGUUUUAGAGGACGAAAUCGAUGAUUUGUUCACUAAACCUAACGUCAAAAAUGAUUCAACUGUCGAUAACAUAACUAAAGAAGUUACAAAUAAUAAAAUGCUCAUUAACGAUAGAAAUAAAACUAAAAUAGAUAAUAAUCUUAACGAUCUUAAUGAAACGGAAGCAGCUACGAAAGUAUUUACUAGUGAAAAAAGCAUAACUGCAGCUAAAUCAAUAUUUGAUGAUGAUGAUGAUGAAAACGAUGAUCUAUUCGGCAGUACUACCACAAAGUCAUCAAUAAGUGAACACAAUACAUUAAGUAAUUCUCAAACUCAGAGUUUCAAAAGCAAAGAUCAAAAAUCACCACUGUUCGAUGACGUCAGCGAUGAUGAUGAUGAUUUGUUCGGUACAAAACUUCCCGAAGAUAAAGGAAAUAAGAAUUCUAUAAAUAACAGUGAUAAUACAAGAAAUAAUACAAUCGAGGCAAAUCCAAUUGAAAAUUCAUCGGUUUUUAAUGAUGAGGAAACAGAUAAUUUAUUUACUAAUACCACAAAACAAGAGAAUGUUAACAAUGAAAAGAAUAGACCAAUAAAUCAAGAGAGAAAUGAGUCAAUAACCAAUAAUCCAAAGAAGGAAUCAAACACUGAGAUACAAAAUAAGCAAUCAUUAUUCGAUGAUGAAGAAGAAUCAAUAUUUGAAAGCAAAAAACCAGUUCAAACUAAACCCAAACCAGAUAUUCUUAGAAAACCAACAGUAGCUUCCAGAAACAACAAUAAUAUGGCUAAAGUACUUGAUAAUGAUAAAAAUGUGCAAGAUACAAAUGAUAAUAUAAAGUCUAUUCAACAAGCACCAAAUAUCACUCCAUCUAGUGUUCAAGAUAAUGCAGAAGUAACAUCAAAAUGGGCAGACAAGGAUCCACUUAACACAUCAGAUGAUAAAAUAACUAUGGAAAAAGAAGACACUAAAUCUAAAUCACUAAAAACUGAACAAAAUACAAACAGUACGAAUAAAAUGAAACUUGAACCUACAGAAGAAAAAGAAUCAAAAUUACCAAAAGAAAUUCAAAGUAGUAAUGAUAAGGUUGAUUCUUUCUUGCCAGAAACAGACUUAGAAAUACCGCCUCCUAUGGACACCGUAGAUGAUUUGAAAGAUGAUGAUAUUUUCGCUGACCAACUAAAUGACGUUCCAACUACAAGCGAUCCAGUGUUCACGCCUAAUGUAUUCGACGAUAUCUUCAGCGAACCGCCGGCUUUCAAGAAAUCUAAAGAACCUAAAAGAAGUAAGAACAUUAAUGCCCUAUUCGAUGAUGAUUCCGAAGACGAGGCUUUAUUCUUUAAGAAAAAUGAACCGGUUGUUGAUGAAAAACCGGAAUUGGGUCCUGAAGUUAACAGAGAUGCACUAUUCGGUAUAUUCCACGAUGAACCUCCCGCUAUUGAUGUCGAUUUCACUCAGAAACCAACAAAAAGCAAUCUCAAUGAUGAUUUUCUAAAUACAGAUUCAGACGACGAUUUGUUUAGCACUCCUAAAGCUGUAACUUCAGAUGCUGUUGUGAAAUCAUCUGAGAACGUCCCAAAAUUGCCAACUUUCGAUUCUAAAACUGAAUUGAAACAAGCAGCAAAAGAAGAAAUGGCAUUAAAUAAAGAAAAACCUUCGAUUUUAGAUCCUAAACCUCAUAUAGACAAACCCAAACCUCUAUCAAAAGAAUCUCAAAAAGACACUACCGAUGGAGAACCUAAAAAAGUGGGUAAACUGAAAACUAUGAAUUUCAACAUAGACGUCAGUACUCUGCUACCUGGUGCGUCCCCUAAGAAAAAGGCGUUGGAUCAAAUUGAUACCAAAAGUACUGAUGAUUUACUUAAAAAAGAACAUAAAAAGUCUUUAGAACAAACAGACGGCCAAAUAUUUGCUAAAAGUAGCGAAGAUUUGCACUCUAAAGAGAAAAUUGAGCCGGUGAUGGUUAAAUCUGUAAGUUUCGAAGGCGAGCCGGAUUCUCAAGUGCUAGACAACAAAAUAUCCAAAGAAAGAGCAAAGAUACAAGUCAAAAGGCGACCCAGCACAAGACGAGCUAGGAAAGAAGCUGUUAGAAAAUCUGGUAUAGACUUUGGCGAUGAUUCUACUGAUAAUUCUAGUUCUAUAGACGACGUGUCUAAAGGAAUAACUAAAGUUAAUUCACAAAGAGAUGAUUAUAAGGAACCGGAGAGCUUGAAGGAAGUAAAUAUAGACUUUGAGGACAGUAUAUCGAAGUUUGAUGAUUUGGACACACUCAAAACUGAUAUAGAGACACAAUUACCUAAAACUAGCGAAAUAGUCGCCAAAUCUGAAGAGUUACCAUCCUUAGAGGUGAAAUUUGAGACUGAUUUAGAAAGAAGUACUGAUAUUGUCGAUUCAAAAAUAAAAGGUGAGGAAAAACCGGAUGAUUUUGAGCCUCAAACUCAAGACUCCAAUAAAACCCUAUUUGAAACGGUCAAAGACAAGGAAAUUCCUGGUCUUUUUGAGCCUAAAACUCAAGACUCCAAUAAAACCCUCGUUGAAAAUACCACAAACACGCCAAAAGACAAUUCUGCUACAGAUUCCAAGGCAGAAGUGAAAGAUACUGAUACAGAAUCUCCAACUCAAGUCGAAAUCAAAGCCGAACCAAAAUUGGAAUCACCUAAAACUGUGACAUCCAAAAUAGUUUACAUUUUAAACGACGAAGACAUUUUCUCUGCCCCUGCCGAAACAAAACCACCUCGUAUGGACCUUGACGAUGAUAAUCUAUUUAAAAACAUAGGAAGUUCUUCUAAAAACACUGAAGCAGUAGCUAAUAUUAGUACAUUAGGAAAUGCUUAUAAAGAUGCACAACCAAAAACUACUAUUGACAAAAAGGGUGAUAACAAGAAAUCAUUAUUUGACGACCUAAGUGAUGAUGAUGAUGAACUGUUCAAUAAAAAUAAGAAAGUCGCGCCCAAACAGAAAAUUAUACUUGAUUCUGACAGUGAAGAAGAUUUGUUCGGCGGGAGAAAGGGUAAGCAAGAUACUAAAGCAGUUGUGAGCGAGACGAAAGAUACGAAAGCUGUGAAAGAUGUGAAAAGGGUUGAGGUGAAGAGUUCUCUGUUUGGUGAUGAAGAUGAUGAUGAUGAUUUGUUUGGAGCUAAAGUCAAAAGCAACCCCGCCACCAUUGCUCAACCCACAAGGUCGGCGAGAGAAGUAUCAACCAAAACAGCAGAACCAGUCUUCGACGAUCCAUUGUCUAUGCUGGGCGACAAUGAUGACUGAACAAGGUUGUCGUGAUAUUGUGGCCUAUAUUAUUGUGCAAUGUAUUAUGUAACUUAUUCAGUCAUUGAACUAGACCAGACCCAGACUGCAAUCUUAGAUUAAUUUACUGUAAUUAUUUGGUCGUUAAAAUAUAAAAUCAUUAAUAAAUUGAGCAUUUGACACCGCCGAUCAAUUGACGUACUUUUUGUUUGUUGUAAAAAUGCGAUUAUCCCAUAGAUUUUGUGUGACAUGACGUCACUUCUUUACCAACUCAAUAGAUAUAUUUUUAUCAAUUUGAAAUUAAUUAAAAAUCUUAAUUUACCGCUAAUUUAGUUUUUAAGAUCAGCAUGGUGUUCUUUAGAAAAGAAAUGAUUGAUAAUUGGUGUCAAAAAUCUAAUUAAAAUCUAUAUAUAUAAAAAUGAAACCCGUUUCGCGUUGUCACGGCAUCACGUGUGAACGGCUGAACCGAUUUCGAUAAUUCUUU